GUCCACAUUUCCUGGGUGUAUCUGAAAGUUCACCGGAGAAAGUGUGUAUAAAUACCAGCUUGAUUUUCGAUAUUGCAUCCCCUCAUCACUGGCGCAUAUGAACAGGAUCAACAUGAACUAUCUUACCUUUACCCUUUCGACCUUGACCCUUAUCGUGACCCUCGGCUGCUGCCUUGGAGGCGGGUAUGGGGGAUAUGGAGGUGGAUAUGGUGGAUAUGGAGGAGGAGGAGGAUAUAUCAUGAAUGAUGUUGGAAUGUAUGGUGGCUACGGAGGGGGAUAUGGCCAGGGAUAUGGAAAAGGAUACGGAGGGGGAUAUGGCCAGGGAUAUGGAAAAGGAUACGGAGGGGGAUAUGGCCAGGGAUAUGGAAAAGGAUACGGAGGGAAAGGUUAUGACACGUACCAACGGGAGGUGUACAUCCCAUAUCCUACGCCAGUAGGUCCCGCUCCGGGUGCUGUCGCGGGAGCCUCCGCAGCCGGAGGUGACAAUACAUUCCUUCUGUUUGGAGGUGCCAUUUUGCUUCUGCUCCUGUUAAGAAACAACAAUUCUGGAUAAGUCACCACUUAAAUAUCGGAUUACGACGGAUUUCAGAUUUGUUUCCCUUUUGUGCGCAAGACUCCUUGACUGUAGCCAAAGACCCCUGUGUGUUUCCUGUUUUACUGUAUAUUGGUUUUUCAAUAAAGCAUUUGUUUCUA